AGGCACCACAGUGUUGUAGGGUUUAGUAGACACAACCGUCAGCUAUUACUCUUGUCUCCAUAAGCCGAAACCCCUGUGCAGCUUCUUCGUUUUUUCUUUUUGGUUUCAGUUUUUGCUCUUCUAAAGAGAAGCUUCUCAACUGCACCAAUGGUUGAAGUCUCAUUGAUGGAAAUCCAACCUCCGAAUCAAAUGGAUCCUUCGACCAGUGGCAUCACUCCCUUACCAAGAAAAAUUGUCUUCAUUCCUGUAAAGAAGCCAUUUAAGGGUUUCUCUCACGAUUUCCACAUCGAAACCCUAAACCCUUCCUCCUCCUCCGAACCUGGAAUAUCCGGUUCCACCUCCAAGAAACACGACGUUACGGAAUUUUCAGAGGUUGGCUUGGAUCCGGAGCUCAGCAUCGGGAUUACCUUUCGCAGAAUAGGAGCUGGAUUGCGAAAUCUGGGGAACACUUGUUUUCUCAAUUCAGUACUGCAGUGUUUGACAUAUACAGAGCCUUUGGCUGCAUAUUUGCAAAGUGGGAAGCAUAAAACUUCGUGUCACGUUGCUGGAUUUUGUGCUUUGUGUGCAAUACAGAAUCAUGUUAGUCGGGCACUGCAGUCAACUGGGAGGAUAUUAUCCCCAGAGGACCUGGUUGGGAAUUUACGAUGUAUAUCAAGAAAUUUCCGAAAUGCAAGGCAGGAAGAUGCUCAUGAGUAUAUGGUGAACUUACUUGAGUGUAUGCAUAAAUGUUGUCUUCCUUCUGGAGUACCAAGUGAAUCACCAAGUGCCUAUGAGAAAAGUUUUGUCCAUAAAAUCUUUGGUGGUCGUCUCAGGAGUCAGGUGAAAUGCCACCAGUGUUCUUAUUGCUCCAACAAAUUUGAUCCUUUCCUAGAUUUAAGUCUUGAAAUAUUCAAGGCAGAUUCAUUGCAAAAAGCACUGGCAAAUUUCACAGCUGCAGAAUGGUUGGAUGGAGGGGAGAGAGAGUACUAUUGCCAACGAUGCAAACAGAAAGUUAGUGCUCGCAAACAGCUAACAAUUCAUAAGGCACCUUAUGUGCUUACUAUUCACUUAAAGCGGUUCCAUGCACAUGAUCCUGGACAAAAGAUUAAAAAGAAGGUUAAUUUCAGCUGUGCACUGGACUUGAAACCUUUUGUCAGUGGCUCAUAUGAUGGAGAUGUGAAGUACUCUCUAUAUGGGGUUCUGGUUCAUACUGGUUCCAGCACUCAUUCUGGACACUAUUACUGUUAUGUUCGCACUUCAAAUAACAUGUGGUAUACUUUGGAUGAUAAUCGGGUAAGUCAUGUCAGUGAACGGGAAGUUUUAAAUCAGCAAGCAUACAUGUUGUUUUAUGUUCGCGACAGGGAGAGUAUUGUUCCAAGAAAGCCUGUUGACAUUGCUAAGAAGGAAAAUGUUAAGAGUAAUGUGAAUGGAAAUAAAGAAUCUUCAACUUCAAGCCAUGUAUUGAUGGAAUAUCCAAAUGUUCCUGCAGAAAAUAAAUUUUGUAAUGAAGUUGAGAAGAAAAUGUCUAAUGUUGACUCAUUAGGGGCUUCUUCUAUGAACGAUAGUCAUGUUCUGCAGAAUCGUAGUGUCAUAUUAGUAGAAAACCUGAUGCAAAGUAAGAAACAUGAAUCUGAACCUCCUUCCAAGGCACAGACACAGGACUCACCAGAUGGACUUGCCGUGGCUAAAGCAGGACAUGGAUGUUUGUCAUCAUUAGGCCAGUCUGAAAAGGAUUAUAGUCUCCAUAGUAACCAGAAAAGUUUAUCUGCUCUAGUUGGAGAAAAAAUUAAUUUAUGUAAUGAGAAUGUAAUUUCAAAAGAGGGCAUUACAGAUUCUCCUUCAUUAGUGCCAUCUUCCACUAAUCCACAGACUUAUGAACUUGCUAGUGAUGGAAAAUCUCAGUCUAUGAAGCUUGGAACUUCAACAACUGGUUUGGUGUCUGAGCAAGCAAGUAGGAUGGUGAAUGGAGAUCGGGUUGUUUCUCAAGGACUGGUUCUGAAUGAGUCAGUAAAUAGAUCAUUGAAUUCAGAGGGUCUUGAUAAAAAGCCUGUAAAAAAAUUGAAACGGAAGUUCCUUAAGUAUCAGGUUUCUAGAAUGCAUUUUCGUCCAAUCUUUCUUUACAUGGGAUACUUGGGCCCACGAAAGAAGAGUCACAAAAGAAGUAAGUGCCUCACUUUGAGUAAGAAGAGUCCAAAAAAAGACAAGUUGGAUAAGUUUGCUUUCUCAUCGUAUGAUUCCAAACCAUCUACACACAGAAAAACUGAUGAAUUCCCUUGCAUGUCAAGUUGUUCGGAAAGUAAAGCAACAAAGGCUGGCUGUAGACCUGGUGUUAAUGUUAAAUCUAAUGAUGAAUCUCUGACAGAAAAUAGUGCUGAAGGAGAAUUUAAGAAGAGAAUUGAUCAGAACUGUACUGUGCUUGCAUCAGUGUCACAACUUGGGAGUGGUUCAGUAGUAAGUGAACUUAAAGCUAGACAGGCUGCUAAUGUACAAGAUAGUAGAAGAGAUCAAAUGCAUAAUGGUUUAAUGAGUAUGCUUACUCGAGGUCUGGAGGAGACAGUUGUUGCACGGUGGGAUGAUAUAGAAUUGCCUUCAUCACAGCCCUUGGGUUCAAAGAACGACACGUUUGUCAGCAUUGGAUAUGUUGGGGAUGAAUGGGAUGAAGAAUAUGAUAAAGGGAAGAGGAAGAAGAUAAGGGGCUUGAAACAUAGCUUUGGUGGGCCAAAUCUCUUUCAAGAAAUUGCUAUCGAGAAGUCAAAGUGCAAAAGGGCAAAGUUGGACCAACCUUGUUCAGGGAACCCUCCAUUUAGGAUAUGACGUCCUACACUAUCUGCCUGGUAUUGUUUUGCGGGCAUCUUUUGUAGCAAUUUUGUCAAACGCUGAAAGUAAAAUGGAAAGAGCACCUAACCUCCCUUAUUCUUUUCCCCGGUACAAAUUUUUUAGCUGGAUUGUAUCAUUUGUCUUUGUGACAGCCGCAGAGGGGUUGGGUUUUUAUGCACCUGUUGAACUUUUCUCAUUUUCAGAUUGCAUUUCUGUUGUAGUAGCUGCAAGCCGUAGCUCUGAAAUUUUGUUCAUGGAUUUAAAUUUUGUCAAGAUAUUCUGUAUGACAAAUUUGUUACUAAGUGUGUAUCGUGCACUCA